AAUUAUUGAGGUUAUUCUCUUGGCUUCCUCCACCGGCGCCGGUAAAGCUUAUGCUUGCCGGCGUCAGGAUCUUUGUUUCUCUGCUUUCAUUGGCUCUUCUAAAUCCCCUGUAUCUCGCUAUUGUUGGCCUUUAUCUCAGUCAGCCCCAUUAUUCCCCUUUAAUCCAAAGCUCUUUGAUGUUUCUUCGGAUGUUGAAGCUAAGAGACGUUUCCCGGCAACCCCGUUCCCUUGCCAAGCUCAACCCACGAUCUAUCCAUCGCUUUUGAACCUCGAGGAGCCAUCCUUUAUCAGCGAGACUCCAUACUCGCAACUGUGACGAUUUGCUCCGGCCUGCCCAGAUGUGCUAUGGUUGGAUCUCUCUCGUCUUCCCAUGAAGCCGUUUCUCACCGGAAACUGCAACCAGGGGGCGGCGCAACCCUAACAUAUGAAGAUGCCUCUGGAUUGGAUCUUGUUUCUCGCCUAUUGGGCUCAAGCCCAUAUUUUCGUUCAUUGAGACCCACCCCUUUAAGGUGCUUUCCACGCCUUCUUCUGCAAAAGACCAGUGUUUUUGGAAGCUUGCCAAAUGACUACCUUUCAUCAAGCUCUCUAGAAGACUUUAAGCCAUUCACCCUCUACACUACUUCCAUUCGCUAUGGCUUGCCCAAGCUCCAGUCUCAUCUUACGGCAGCUCUACCUCUCAACCUCACGCAUCGGAGUACCGUCUUUGCUCGAGCCCUUGUCAAAGCACUACCUCGUGUAGUUUGUUUGGUGCCGCCGAGUUUCACGUCUUUGACCCUUACACCAACGCCACUUCGUCUCUUGACAAUGACGAAUUGUUCUUCCUUUGAUUUGCUCUUGGAAGAUUUGUCGAUUUCUUUUGAUCUCACUUGCACCAACAAAUUACCUAGCUUUUGGUUCAAAGCCCUCAAGGAUUUGAUAUCGAUUAACCCUAUCUAUCCCUUUAUGUUUCUUAUGUUAUCUUAUCUUAUGUUUUCUUUGGGGUAUGCCCUUUAUUGUGAUGUUCUAAACUUUGGGAAUUCAUUUCCCCUCCAUCUUUGUAUUUGGUUUCCUUGGUAAUGGAAUGAAAAACAAACCUUUGAC